AUGUAUGCUAUAGGAGGUAGUGCUAACCCAACCAUUUUAAGUGAAGGGAAUUUUUAUGUAGCACCAAAUGACCCAAGUGCAAAACAGGUAGAAAUAGUGGCACCAAAUGACCCAACCAUUGGAAGUUGUGCUCCAAAUUACUCACCUUCUCAAUCUUUAAGUGUUGCUCCAAGCAUACAUGAAAGGCCCAAUACACCUAACAGGCCAGAAACUUUGCGAUCGAGGUUCGGUUUUGUAUUGGAUCAAAACGGGGAAUUAGUAUUAAUUCAUGACCAAUCUUAG